GUCGGAGACGAGGUCACAGAAUCCAGUGAAGUGCGCGUUCACGGCGAGAUUUCGCCGGAUGAAGACGAGGACGACGAGAUACCCGUCCGGACGCUCGAUGAUUUCGCUAUCUUCAACUCGGUCACCCGGGAAUUCGUCGCGUUCGACGAACUCCUUGCCGUGCGCGAGCAGGAGGACUACGUCUUAGUUGGGGCGGGCGUGGUUCGUGCGUUCGUCGAAGAUGAUAGCGAUGACGAGGAUGGAGAGGACACGGACAUGGAGGCGGGUCCGUGCGACGACGAUCAGAGGCUUCUACUCACUGAGAUACUCGAGUGCGACUCGCACUUCGUCACAAAACACCACGAUGGCUGGGAAUUUAAUCCGAGAACUUACCUGCGCACUCAACACGCCUGGUACAUCCUACUCCGACCUUCCGUGAAAUAUAGGAAGUUCUACCAGGCAGCUUGGACUCGCCGCCGCAUUGUGCAAGGCCUACUCACCACGGUCAACGAGGAUGCGGAUGCGUCUGUAUGCAAAGUCCUGCGCUCCAUUAACCAGGCUCCUCCAGACGACUGCCCAACCCGACGCACUUUCGACGAUCUUCAAGCGCCUGUCUCGGACAGCCAUUUGACAGCUGACGAUACGGUGAGUACCAUCGAGCAUGCACGCUUACACCGCCGACUUACCAAGUCGACGGCCAUGCAAACGCUCUACCCCGAGCUAUCCACCAGGAAGCCACUGCCGCCCCCUCAGAGCAAGUCAUGCAAGCGCCACAAAGACCUGGAGAAGCAAGUCUUGGAGCACCGGAACGCUACGUGCGUGACUCCACGCGUCGGUGCUAUCGCUGCAAAAUUGUUCUCCAUCUCAAUGCAACUGGCCAAUAUACGUGAAGACCCAGUUCAUGACACUUCCACUCCCCCCGUCCAGAAAAGACGGGUGCACGCCUCCGACCCCGCUACGAUAGAAUGGGUUACCGAAUCCAGAACAGCACCCGAUCACUAUAGCGAGGUGAAGAUCGACGGGGAGCUCUACAAGGUCGGCGAUGUGGUUAUAGUGGAGCCGGGGCUUGAUCAAGACCGUGCUCGAGCUCGGAAUGCGCUGUCCGUGCAAGCCCGGAGCAACAACUACUUGGCAGACACCAAAUGGUUUUGCAUCAUCUCAUAUAUGUUUGAGAAGGUCGACAAGCUCGGCCAGCGGACCAAGCACUUCCAUGCACAGUGGCUGCAGCACGGGUCUCAGACUCUCCUUCAGGAGGCUGCACAUCCUCGGGGGCUCUUUCGGCUGAAUGAGUGCGGUGAUCAGCCCUUGGAGUGUAUCUACUCCCAUUGUGACCCUCAAGCCUGGCCAUUAGGGGAACCAGCACCGCCUGAAACUCAACCAGGCUCCGCCAACCGCUUUCAUCUUGGGUUGACCUGGGAUAGCAAAGAGUGUGCACUGGUUGAGGUUUCAGCCUCCCAGGUUAGCUGUGCUCUGUCAAAGUGCGCAAGCUUUCGUCAGUGUGUCCCCUGUGGGUUGACUGCAUUGUGCAAAGAGGCAGACCACUGCACGCCCUUGCCUGGCGGUGGCAUGAAGUGCAAAGGCAUUGACUUUCAUGUCAAUGACUUCAUCUACCUGCAUACCCCCGGGCAGGUGGCUGGCCUCCUUGGCAUUGCCCAAAUCACUGAGUUCAUUCACCAUGAUGAUCUGUGCUUGGAGGCUAGUGUUCUUCACUAUGGCCGCUACGACACCGUUGCUGUCAGUGACAGCGAUGGCUGGCCUAUCCACUUGGACAAUAGGAGACUCUUCAGGACUGGUGUCCUCACCCAGGUCAGCAUUGAGCAGAUCUGUGGUAAGGCCUAUGUCAUGUGUCCCUCCUCAGCAUGGCAGGCAGAAGCCUUUGUGCAACUGGAUGAUCACUUCUACUGUGAUCUCUGGUCAGAGUCCCUCAAACCCAAGUCUAUGGAUGAGCUGGAGGUGCUGGAGCCCUCUGAGUUCUCUUCAUGUGAUGCCUGCUACUCUGCAUUCAUGGACACAGUCCUGGAGAAGGAGAGGCUCAUGAAGCUCUAUGGUCCUUUGAGAGGACUGGAGCUCUUUGCUGGUGCUGGUGGGCUAUCAACUGGUUUGGACAUGUCUGGUAUGGUCCAGACCAGAUGGGCAGUGGAGUUCUCACCUAGUGCUGCCAGGACGUACAAGGCCAACCACCCUGACACUAUAGUAUACAGCCAGUGCUCUAACAAGCUGCUUGAGCAUGCUAUUGGUUUGGCUCAGGAUUCCACCCUCCCACCACUGAGAAGCCUUGACCCUGAGGUUUCUGAGUGUUUGCCACCUUUGCCACAGCCUGGGGAGGUUGACUUCAUCUACGGUGGACCACCCUGCCAAAGCUUCUCUAACAUGAAUCAUCACAAGAAAGCAAAUGAUAUCAGAAGCACCUUGGUCUGCAACAUGAUCUCCUAUGUGGAGUAUUAUAGGCCAAUGUUCUUUCUUCUGGAGAAUGUUGUAGGCAUGCUUUCCUACCGUCUUGGUGGUGAGCAGGAUCACAACCGUGUGGUGGGAGGGAUAGAAAUGGGAGUGGUCAAGUUCAUUUUGGGGUCACUGACCAUUCUUGGCUACCAAGUCCAUUUCAAAGUACUUCAAGCUGGUCAACAUGGUGCUCCACAGGGAAGAAGACGGGUUAUCUUCCUUGGUGCCCAGAGAGAUGUGCCUCUACCUGCAUUCCCCCUACCUCAGCAUGCUUUCCCAACUCCAGUCCACAAUGUGAACCUUCCCACAGGCGAGGUUCUACACCCAGUCAUCCGUGUAGGUGCAGAUGAGGAUGGCCACCAGUGUGCCCCACUCCCUCCUGUUACUGUGAGGGAAGCUAUCAGUGAUCUGGUGAGUGCUAAACUGAUUGAUCCAAACUCUGCAAAACGCUCCACACCAUCAGUCCUGCAUGAGCUGGGCAGCAGGAUUGCACAAGGCAUUGCUCGAUUCACAGCCUGUGCCCAUGAUGAGACUGGACAGGCUCACCCCUCUGGUUUCUACACCCCUGUGCCUUAUCCUCAACCUCCUCUUAGCCGUUAUCAAAGCUGGCUGAGAGCAGGGAAUGGUGAUACUGUGCAGUACCAUUAUACAAGAUGGCUGUCAAAACUUGUUGUGGAGAGGGUUGUCAAUAUUCCAAUGAAGCCUAAUGCAGGCCAUGAAGACCUUCCUCUGGAUCUCCGAGUUACUAAGCUAUACAAGACAGAGACUGGCAAGCCAAAAUCAGUUUACCGCAGCUUGUAUGGCAGAAUUGCCAGUAAUGGCCAGUUUGUCACAGCAAUGACAACCAUUGCUCCCAAUGCCAAAGGAGGCAGGGUCAUACACCCUGAUCAAAAGCGAAUCCUCACUAUUAGGGAAUGUGCCCGGGCCCAGGGCUUCCCUGAUAGAUACCAGUUCUUAUCAAGGAAUGAGAAAGCCAAUGACCAUGUUGCUGACCAAAUGCGACAAGUUGGGAAUGCUGUACCUGUGCCACUUGCCCUUGCACUUGGAAAGGCAAUAGGUAAUGCUCUGCAUGAGCUCUGGAGGACUCGUGAGGAACAAGAGCAGGCUUGGAGAGCCAACAGCCCAGAAGUACACCUGACCUAG